AUUGUAAUCUACUGGCGCUGUUUGGUUACAAAUAUUGCCCCUCUCGCCCCUCGUCGGUUAAAAACGGAAUCUUGGCACUCCAUUCUUGAGUGAUGCCUCAAGUGCCUUAGGCCCCGGCCGGAACAAAUAUCCUUCCCUUUGGUUCGCGAAUAGAUUCAACCAGAUUGAUCCAACAUACAACCACCCUUCAAAAUGUUUCGAAGUUUAUUAGUGCCCAGAGUGGCAGUCCGUUCAGCUUUCAAGCAACAGUCGUCGUAAGUUUUGGCCCAAUUGGCCCACCGCUUUGAUCCGGCACCGCAAGCUGACGUCGAUUUUUUAGCCUUCCUACAGUAGUUGCCCCUUCAGCAAUUGCAAGACUGUCAAAACGAAGUUAUGCGACGGAGGCCGGUUAGUUGCCAAGAUGGAUGGCUGCAGUUGGAUUCAAGCUGAUAUGUCGCAGAGCAGGAUGAUCUGGUCGUCAUCGGAGGUGGUGUAGCUGGAUAUGUCGCUGCCAUCAAGGCCGGACAAGACGGCAUGAAGGUACACAGUACCCAACAUUGCAGGAGAUCUGCGAAGUUUCUAACCUCCAGAUAGGUUACGUGUAUCGAAAAGCGCGGCACAUUGGGUGGCACAUGUCUGAACGUUGGCUGCAUACCUUCGAAAGCUCUCCUCAACAACUCACAUCUAUACCACACCAUUCUCCACGACACAAAGGCGCGCGGCAUCGAAGUUGGUGAUGUCAAGCUCAACUUGGGAACAAUGAUGAAAGCCAAGGAGACUGCAGUGUCUGGAUUGACAAAGGGUAUCGAGUUUCUUUUCAAGAAGAACAACGUCAAAUAUGUCAAGGGCACAGCAUCUUUCGCCAAUGAGCGCGAAGUUAAAGUCAAUCUUGCAGAUGGAGGAGAGCAAACCGUUUCCGGAAAGAACUUCAUUAUCGCUACUGGUAGUGAGGCUACUCCAUUCCCAGGUCUCGAAAUCGAUGAGAAGAGAAUCAUUACAAGCACUGGAGCUAUCGCUUUGGAGAAGGUCCCAGAAAGUAUGGUUGUGAUCGGUGGUGGUAUUAUUGGUCUUGAGAUGGCCUCAGUUUGGUCAAGAUUGGGCUCCAAAGUUACUAUUGUUGAGUUUUUGGGACAAAUCGGUGGCCCAGGAAUGGAUGCCGAGAUCGCCAAAGCUUCGCAAAAGAUCUUGAAGAAGCAGGGGAUGGAGUUUAAGGUCAACACAAAGGUUAUGGGUGGUGAUGUUAGCGGGGACAAGGUCAAGCUGCAGCUUGAGUCUGCUAAGGGCGGCAAAGAGGAGACGGUAAGACAUAAUCACAGCGGAGAGUCGCAAUGCAACAAAUGUACUGAUGAAAAUAUGCAGAUUGACGCAGAGGUCGUUCUCGUCGCCAUUGGUCGACGACCAUACACCGCUGGUCUCGGGUUAGAAAAUAUCGGCCUUGAGACAGACGAUAAGGGAAGACUGGUGAUCGACCAAGAAUACAGAACCAAAAUUCCUCACAUUCGUGUUAUCGGAGACUGCACGUUCGGACCUAUGCUUGCUCAUAAGGCUGAGGAGGAGGCUGUUGCGGCAAUUGAGUACAUCCAGAAGGGUCAUGGCCACGUCAACUAUGGUGCCAUUCCCUCGGUCAUGUACACACAUCCCGAGGUGGCGUGGGUUGGACAGAACGAGCAGGAGGUCAAAGCCUCGGGUGUGAAGUACAAGAUUGGCUCGUUCCCUUUUUCAGCCAACUCGAGAGCGAAAACCAAUCAAGACAGCGAUGGAUUGGUGAAAAUGAUCGCCGAUGCCGAAACGGAUAGAAUACUUGGUGUUCACAUUGUUGGGCCAGGUGCUGGUGAGAUGAUUGCUGAGGCGACCUUGGCUAUUGAGUACGGUGCUUCUAGUGAGGAUAUUGGACGAACGAGUCACGCUCACCCAACCCUCUCGGAGGCCUUCAAGGAGGCUGCUAUGGCAACGUAUGGCAAGGCCAUUCAUUACUAA